GUUUGGUUAACAUUGUCACACCAUGAAGGACUAUUUAAAGGAAUACAAGUCUGAGAAGCUACAGGAAGAGGAGAAAAAGAUUGAAGGAGAGAUUAAGAAGAUUGAAAGGGACGACGGUGAGAACAUUGGAGGAAUUGCAGGUGGUCAAAGUGUUUCCAAAUGGGCCGCUAAAGGCCACGAUGGUGAAAGGGAAUUGAAAUUGGAAGAAGGUGAACUAAACCAAAACUUGCAAAAGCAGGAUGAGAAGAAGCUGAAGAAGAAAUGAUUUCGGUAAAUUUUGAUUAGGUACACACUUAUGACGUUUGA